AAAGUACCGUCCUCAUUAUGAUGCAUGUAAACAUGAUGAUGGCUAACUAUCCAGUAUCAUCUCUAGGCAGAAUGCUACUGCUAGAUCUAGACUGUCUAGAUUGCUAGAUUCACUAUACGAUGAAUAAUAUUGAAUCAUAUUCUGCCCUAUAGCCUAGCUAGGUGUAGAGGUCAUUUGGAUAUGUAAUUUAGAUCACCUAGACGUUUUUAGGAAUCAUAAUGUAACAUCUUGAUUGUCUUGAAUUUGAUCUAAUCUACUAUCGAGCGAGCAAGCUCAGACUCAGAAUUAGUCAGAAGCUGCACAAUCACAAUUGCAACUUGAACUUACUUACAAUCGACAAGGCCACAAGGUUUACAAGUCAAAAAAGUUACAAAGUGAACUGUCUUCAAGAGGCUUUCUUCUCCUGACAUCCUUUCGCUAGCAGGUCAUUGUAUGUUUUCACCAACUCAAGAACUCUGUCGAUGUCUGAUGUGUUUCUGAAGCCUUAUUCGCAAGGAGCUGUCAGGAACAUCGGUAUUAGUUAGCUCUCCAGAAAUGAACAUCACAUACCUGAUACUGGACCACAGCACUCGGCUGGCUGAAAGGACCAAACCAUUAGUCCGAGUGUCUAAGAUCAGGACCUUGUCCACGGCUCUCUUUUUACCCAGUUUUUGUAGUCUGACAUCAUUGAGGAUAAAUGAAUCUACAGCGCGGUGCUGUAUCCUUGAAGAUAAGUGAAUCUACAGUGCGAUAUUGUAUCAUUGAAGAUAAGUGAAUCUACAGUGUGGUGUUGUAUCAUUUGGGAGAAGUGAAUCUACAGUGCUUUAUCAUUGGAGGAUAAGUGAAUCUACAGUUCUGUGCUGUAUCAUUGAGGAUACGGAAAUCUACAGUUCUGUGCUGUAUCAUUGGGGAUAAGUGAAUCUGUGGUGCUGUUCUGAAUCUUUGAGGAUUAGCAAAUCUACAGUUAUGUGCUGUACCAAUGAGGAUAAAUGAAUCUUAAGUGCGUUGCUGUAUCAUUGAGAAUAAUUUGAGUCUCCAAUGUGGUUCUGUAUCAUCAGGGAUAAGUGAAUCUACAGUGUUUGGAUACCUUUGUUUCUAAAGGUAAUAUUUAGUUCAUGGUAUAAUUGGAGGCAUGGUGUCCCCAUGAUUCUGGUGCGGGCAUCUUGUAGUCUACGGCAUUUAUCUUCAUUUUAUAUUCUAUACAUAUUUCACAUACUUGAGUUGGUGAUUUGGAUUACACGAAAAUGCUGAUCAAGGAGUACAGGAUCUCACUCCCUAUGAGUGUGGAGGAGUAUAGGAUAGCUCAGCUGUACAUGAUACAGAAAAAAAGUCGAGAUGAGAGCCAUGGCACAGACAGUGGUGUGGAGAUCAUUGAGAACAAGCCCUACACCAACGGCCCCGGGGGCAACGGGCAGUACACUUAUAAAAUAUAUCACAUCGGCAGCCACCUACCAGGCUGGUUCCGAGCCAUUCUGCCCAAGUCUGCUCUCCGUGUGGAAGAGGAAGCAUGGAACGCCUACCCGUACACCAAGACCAGGUACAAGUGUCCGUUCAUUGAGAAGUUUUUGCUGGAAGUGGAGACCAAGUACCACAAUGACUCUGGAGAGGAUGACAGUGUCUUCAGUUUGUCUAAAAGUGACAAGGCUCUGCGAACUGUUGAUUACAUAGACAUAGUCAAGGACAGUUUGACGGGAGGCGACUACAAGAAAGAAGAGGACCCUAAGCUGUACAAGUCUUCCAAAACGGGUCGGGGUCCCCUGUCAGACGACUGGCGCCUGCAGUACGCAGAGGCACUUAAGGAGGGCCAGCGGGACGGGAUGGAAAUGAUGACCGCCUACAAACUGUGCAGGGUGGAGUUCAAGUACUGGGGCAUGCAGAACAAGAUUGAGAGGUUCAUCCAUGACGUAGCUCUCAGGAAGACCAUGCUUAGAGCUCACAGACAAGCUUGGUGUUGGCAGGAUGAAUACUACGGACUCACACUUGAGGACAUCCGGGCGCUGGAGCGGGAGACGCAGCUGGCGUUGGCCGAGAAGAUGGCCGCCGCCAACCAGGCCCACGGCGCGGGGAGCCCGGAGGCCAACGACUCCCCCACCCGACGCAGCAGCUCCGCCAGCAGCGCCUCGUCGGAGAGGCGCCUGUCUCACCCGCACCAUCACCAUCAUCGGGUGGCAGAGAAGAGCAAGUCUGGGGUUCACUUCUCUGAGACACUUUUAAAAGACUCGCCCUCCCUGGAGGCGGCCUCGGACUUUAGCAGGAGCGUCUCCCAGGAGAGCAAUGCCAGCACUGUGAUUAACGGCGCCGUGGUGGCGUCGUCGUCGUCCCCGUCUGUUCUCUCCAGCCAAUCAAGACAUUCCCAUAGCUCCCAAAGGCACAGUUCCUCAGAAGGUCAUUGGAGUAGCCUGGAGCAGCUCCAGGAGCCCAGUUCUGAUGAAGAGUUUUUUGAUGCUCAAGAAGAUGUCCACUACCAGAUGAGUUUUGAUGGAGAGGCACCAAAUUUGAUCCGGCAUUCAUCCAUGGAGCUUGUCCAUACAGCAGACGACAGCUCUGACACUCACAGCUUUAUGUCCUGCGUCACCGGUGAUGAGCCCCAGUUUGACAAGAGAGUGGAACAGUUCCGUCAGAUGUACAGCCUGGAUGGGUCUCAGGGAACCACAGAUUUAUCCCCACCGCAGUCUGCAUCAUCUUGUCCCACCCAGAUCUUGUUUCUUGUCUUACAUGGAGGCAAUAUUCUUGACUCUAGCCAGGAAGGUAUUUCCAAGAGACGUGACCUAACCAAUCUCAGAGCCACAUUUGACAAUGUCAUCCUGGCCCACUACCAGACAGCUUAUCAGAGAAUAAAGUUUCGUUUGGUUCCCUGUCCAUCUCUGUGUAAAGAAACCCUAGCGCUGUUGUCCAGUUUAUCUCCCUUUAACGUUGAUCGCGUCAACACUGCUGGAAGUAUGGAGUCCAACUUGGCCAGAAAUCAGAAUCUGGUGCCCCUAGGUGCCAUCCCGGUGCUAGCCACAGCCAGUGCUGAGUACCAGGACCAGGUGAAUGCUAUGGUGACCUCAGCUAACAAAGUGUACCAUGACUUCCUCAAGUCUGAGGAUGGGAUUGGGUUUAGUGGUCAGAUUUGUUUUCUUGCUGAUGCUACAGGAUCUCUCUUAGCCUACGAUGCUUUGACAUCUUGCUCAACCCUCAUGAGAGGUGGCUCACGAUAUGGCAGCCAUGAGAGUGUGGAGAGCAGUGCCAUCGGCACAGAGACUUCCCACCGCUCUGCCAGCAUGAACAGCCAUAAAAGAGAAUUAAGCCUAAGUGAUCCAGCCCUUAACCAGAACCAGGCCACUGGAUCCUUGCCAGCCCCCAAAAAAGCGGAGCGGAGCAAAAGUGAAAUCGUCCCCCCUGACACGUCAGAAAUCUACUCCACUUGUAAGGAAGAGCCUCCUCCAGUAGCGAUGAGACACGACUCAAAAAAAUAUUCCUUCAGACACAACUCAGUCCAUCUGUGCACCUCCGGAGAGGUGUCUCGCAGAACUAGCAGUGGCAGCCAUAAUGAAGGUGGACUCGCCAAGUUUGAUUUUGACGUCUCUGAUUUCUUCAUGUGCGGGGCACCUUUGGGUAUCGUUCUGGCUUACAGAAAGAUUCGUCGAUCAGACGACAUGACAAUGUUGCGACCUUCUUGCCACCAAGUUUACAAUCUGUUCCAUUCGAGUGAUCCUACAGCUCUGAGGAUCGAACCCCUGCUGCAUGAAGGUUUUGCUUCAGUUCCACCACAGAAUGUGUGUCGCUACUCAAAGUUCCCUCUGGGUGAUGGGGAACCAGUGCAUGUUGUCGAAACAAUUCAGAAGCACUUGAAGGUGUUUGCCACAGAAGGUCGAGAGCACAGAACCUCCACCUCUGAGGGCCCCCCUCGUAUGUUGCAAAGACAGAACAGCUUGUCCAGUGUGAACAGUACGUCCAGUGGUCUUGGAGAGAACACAGUGUCCAGUAUAACUAGUGUCACUAACAGCUGGUGGGGAGUGAAGAGAAUCGACUAUGUUCUGUAUUGUCCAGAUGCUUUACAUUCAUUCCCAACUAAUGCACUGCCUCAUCUGUUUCACUCAAGUUUUUGGGAAUCAACAGAUCUGGUGGCCUUUAUUCUCAGACAGGUCCUAAGACAGAAUGAGGUGUUGGUUGAUGCAGGCCAUGGUGUAGCAAGAGGCUCAAUGGCCAGUUUUAAGAUUAAAUCUCCCAGGGAGAAAUGGAUCAAGCGAAGGACUACAAUCAAAGUCAGGAACCUCCAACCAAACCACAGAGCUAAUGAUGUGAUUGUUCUAGAAGACAUGCCCCAGGUCCUGUCUGCCAAGUUUAUGUAUGGCUCACUGGACAUCACAUCUCUAUCUGGGGAGAAGGUGGAUGUGAACAUAAUGAAACAGCCCCCUUCAGGUGACUGGACAUUGUUAGGCACUGAAGUGACAGACAGUCAUGGCAGGUUUACUUAUACCAUCCCCAAGGAACAUAGAAUAAGUCAAGGACUGUACCCAGUCAAACUUGUGGUCAGGGGAGACCACACAUCUGUAGACUUUUACAUGGCUGUGCUUCCACCAAAGACAGAAACUGUGGUCUUCAGUAUUGAUGGCUCAUUCACUGCCAGUGUCAGUAUCAUGGGGAAGGACCCUAAAGUCAGGGCAGGUGCAGUGGAUGUUGUCAGGCAGUGGCAAGAUUUGGGUUACCUAAUACUCUAUGUGUCAGCCCGACCUGACCUUCAACAUAGGAAAGUUGUGGCCUGGCUGGCACAGCACAACUUCCCUCAUGGGAUGGUGGCCUUCAUGGACGGCCUGUCUAAGGACCCUUUGAAACAAAAGUUUAAUUACAUCAGAUCAUUACAAACUGAGGCUCAGAUUGAACUGAAGGCAGCGUAUGGCUCAAGUAAAGACAUCAGCAUCUACAAGGAUCUGGGCCUCUUGCCCCAUCAGAUAUUUAUUGUAGGGAAGGCUUCCAAGAAACAGCAUGGCCAAGCCCAGGUUCUGACUGACGGCUACUCUGCUCAUCUUAACCAACUUAUGACCCCAGGUUUUACCCGUCCAGCUGUGGGAAACGCUCGCAUGUUCCUACGCAAGUCCAACUUCCGCUUGUCCAUGCACGAGCCGCACAGCAGAGAAAGCAAGAAGGCGGUCAAGCACACGUCCAGCCACAGCAACGCAGGGGACUUCCUGUCUGGCAGCGGAGAUAUUUUGGGCACAAAGAUUGUUGUCCAAGACUUUUCUAGCAGUGCAGAGGGACGGUCCCGCGACUCGUCCCCUAGACUGCAGCUGGUGGCUCAUGGGAAAAGUACUGAUGUUUGAUAGACGUAGAAUUGUUUUGAAGAUGAUACUUCCUACUUGAUGUAGUGUUUUCCAGUACAAUAUGUACCACAAGCCUGUUCAAACACAAUAAUCUGUAGUGAGUUUGUUCUAGGCUCUCUUGUAGAGAGCUUAGUCCCUCAUAGGUUGCUACCCCACAUAGACCUUUAGUAACAUUCAGGGUUGAAUGUAUGUCUUGAAGGCCUGCAGGUUUGACCUGUUGGAUUCAGGUUGCUACCCCACAUAGACCUUUAGUAACAUUCAGGGUUGAAUGUACGUCUUGAAGGCCUGCAGGCUUGACCUGUUGGAUUCACCGUGACCUAGGUCUCCCCCUUUGACCAGGGUAAUGUUCGGCCCUUGAGGCUGUAACAAAUUUGGCAUUCCCACUGAUUGUAAGAUAGCUUUAUUUAUUUCUACCUAAAUGUCUUCAUCCGCCAUUUUAAUUUGCUCAACAAAAUGUCUUGAUUGUCUGUCACUCAGAACUUAUCAACAGUCAAAUGACUUUUGAGGCUGUUGUUAGAACAAAUCUUCUGAUGUAUAUAUUGCACCUUAUAUUGUACAGUCUAAUGAAUGACAUUCAUUCUAGCUCCAGGUUUUCUAACCAAUGAGUUUCUAGUUGAUAGAGGAAUGUGGUAUUGUUGUGGCACGAUUAGUUAUUUGUUUCAUAGAAAGGGAAAGUUUUGACGCGACCAUUAAAAACACGACUGGGAUUUGAGGAAGAAUAGCGAAAUGUCAACAGACUACUUUUGACGGCUUUAGAGAGACGCAGGUUUUUAUGAACAUAGAGAUUUUGUUUGACGACAUUUGACAGUUCCCUUCAUUAUUAUUAAACGUCUUGUUCAACAUUCACUAAUAGCGUCGACUAACUUGUAUUGUUGGCCUUUAGCCUGUGUUAUUAGGUUUCGUAAUUUGAGUGUUACCUCUGUUUGACUUAUCUGCAUCAGACACAGCACAGAAGCACCUAACAGUAUACUCUUAUUAAGCUAAGGCUCCAUCUUUAGGACAGAUUUGUCUGAAAUGUUUUGACCACUCUCCUUCAGAUUAAUUCCAUGGAAACUAAGUAGUCUUCUUUUUCUUUUUAAAUUAAUUUAUCUGUAAAUGACAUGAAUUAAUAAUAAUAUUCAUAAAUUUGAUGUAUCAAACAUCACUUAACAUCUUUUUUUUCCAUAUAUUUAUUUAACUAGGGUUUUGAAGGUGUUUUAAAAAAAAAAUAUAUAAAUUCUUUGCAGUAUCGUAAAAUAUUACUUAGACUGGACUUGAAAAAACGAAGUUUGAUAAAAAAGUGUUUGGUUUAACAAAGUUCAAUAUAAAAAAAGAGUUUUUAAUUUUUUUUGCUAAUUAAAAGUAUCCGGAAGACUUAUAACCAGGACUACAACACUGACCAGUAGAUAGAAAAUGUUCUAUUACUUUGGGCAAAUUGGCUUGAUUAGCGGCUCAAUGCUGUCUUUUCUAGUAUUUUAUUUUUACCACAAGCUUUUCAAAGACUAAAAUGUCUAAUCUAUUUCUGUACAUUGUAAGUGAUCACUACUUGCAGAUGUACAGUGGAAAAAUCUUCAGUCAGUGAGGCUGGACUUGAAAAUAUAUUUUAGGUUUAAAUCUGAAUCCUGUGCAGGUGUUUGCACUUUUGAAUCUGGCCUAAAAGGCAAAGGUAUUAUAGAUUCUCUUAAUGAGCUAACCCUUUUAAGUAUCUGUGUCUGGAUCUAGUGUUGUAUUUUAUCAUUUGAAACUAUUUCUCUGUGAUGCUCUGAAAGCUACCAAUGUGAUAGAGGUUCUCAAGCAGUGACCAACUUGUACAUUUCUCAUUUCUUUGUUGUUGUUUUUUUUAAAACAAUUCUUAAGCACAGCUGCUGUUAUGUUGUCAGUUUUAUGUUGUGUUUUAUUGUCACUGACAUCCUACACUUGGCAUACUGUCAUGUUGUCAGUUUAAUGUUGUGUUUAAAUGUCACUGACGUUACACAUUUGACACACUGAUGUAAAUCAUUAGCACAUUUUUAUGUUUAAAAUUGGCCAUUGAUUGUGUUGCUGUAUUCAUUUCUACAACCUGAACCUUAACUAGUGCUAAGGUGCUAUGAUCUAUGAGUUAAACGUAACCUAUAGAGAGGGAGCUUUACUGUUGACCUUAAAAACUUUGUUCCAAAUGAUUAUUUAUAUGGGUAACUACAACAUAUCAAACGUUGAACUAAAAUAGACUUACAGUAUUAGAUACCAUGACAUUUCUUCAAUGUUUGGGCUGCGAGGAUCUGUCUCUGGAACAAUCAAAUCUCUAGUUUUAGAGAAGCUUUCUUUAUGUUGAACAUACUAAAGCAGGGGUUCUCAACCUGUGGGUCGCUUGCCAGGGGUCGCCAAAGACCAUUGAAAAAAUGGAUUGUUUUUGUCUACUCUCCUAUUGCUGUGUGUGUAUGCGGGGGGGGUAGGGGGUCGCGGCAGACCGGAGGAUUGUAAAAAGGGGGCGCCGAGAACAAAAGGUUGAGAACCGCUGUACUAAAGCUUUCAGUUUGUUCAGAGCUAGAAAAGUGGUUUCACAUUUCCAUUCAUUUUUGUCAAAACCUUGUAUUAGUUUGACAUGUUCUGGUGUUGACAUCAGGCAGUGAAGCUUGGAGUGUGUGUGGAGCCUUUUAUAACUAAGUUUUCAUAUAGAGUUCUGGUUCUCAUCUAUCAUUGUUCAUUCCAUUUUGUUUUUUCUUGUAAGGGAUAUAAUCUUGGAUCUCAGCAAAUAUUUUGAUUUGUAUUAUUUCACUAAUUAAGUUAUGUGUUUGUUUUGUUGAUUUAGUAUAUCUGAUAAUUUCUUGGUAGUCACAUUAUAGUGAUAUACAUUUCUAUUGACAAAUCUGGAAUUUUGUUGUCAAAACUAUGUCCAUCAGAUCUUAUAUAAUAGUAAUGGAUUUCUUUCUAUACUGUAUUUAGUAGAUACAUAUAUACACACACUAUCAUUCAAAAUAACUAUUAUUUCCAGUCAACAGGCAUUGAAAGUUCUCCCUUAUUUAAAGUACUCAAGAUUCCCAUCUGUUAAAGCAUGCGUACAUUUAUCGAUACAUUAUCAAACUUAACAUAAUGAUUGUGAGGACAGGUAGACCUAGAACUGGAUGCCCAUCAUAUGAUAUAGAAUUUGUGGGCAGCAUAGUAUAGAAAUACCUGGGCUGAUUUUGAAAUCCAGUCCGCCCCUGACAUGAAACCAAUCACACAACACAGAAAUCUGGUCACAUGAAACGUUGUCAAAAGCUGGAGUUUAAACAGUUGAACUUUACACCACAGACCUGAAUUCUUGAAGUGAACAUUUGAUUUGACAAAGUCAAUCUUGAGCAUGAUAAAUGGUGAUAGUAAUUCAAGUUACAAAUACAUUUCCAGAAUAAAUGAGAUUUUUUUUGUUUUUUGUUCCUUCUACUCUACUUCCAGUCCAGCGUAUAUCUGAUGUCCAGAUCAAGUUAUUUCAAUGGCAACUCUGUAUGUAGAGUGACUGUAUGAGACACACACCACUAGCCACCAACACUGUAGAAGUAGUUCAGGACAUUAGACAUUGUCUGUAAGCUUUGUACUUGCAAUGAUGUCCUUACCAAAAAAAUCUUGAGCUAAAUUGAUUGUGAACAGACAGACAUCCAUGACAAUCCCACCAAUGUACUGUACACACCUACCUCUUUGUCCCUAGCCUGUUGAUGACUUUGUUGAUAACAUUAUUUACACUUCAUGGAUCUUUUUUUUUUCUCUGUUUAGUUACAUUUGUCAUUAUAAAAUAUUUUCAAAACUGCCAUCAAGAUCACUACCAAUGACAUGCCAACCAAAGUUUCUAUACAUAGGUACAAGUGGCAGCUUACUGAAAAAACUAUGUAUAGAUUAGCAAUAGGCAGAUAAAAGUUAGUAAUGUACCAAAUAGUUGUUUAAACAUGGAAACAGACAGCGUUAUAUUUGGUACAUUUAAAACUUUAAGAGCUAGGUCAAGUGUGCUAUGUCACUUGCAGAUUAGUGUAUAUUACAAGUUUAUUGAAAUGGCAACUUUUGCCCUUACAAGGGCAUUAUUAAAUGUUACAAGAUGGGUAGUAAAUAUUUUCUUUAAAAAGAAAUAAAAAUUCUUUUAAGAAACUUUCAAUUUUUUGAACAUUGAAUACAAAUUAGUUGAAAUAUUCUAUAUUAUUAAUUAUUUAAACUCCAAAUAGCCAAUAGGCCAAUUUUCCACUGUUCACAUUAUUUUGUGUUUAUAGUUUUAAAAAAAAACAUCGUCUGCUGAAGUAGCAGGUGUAAAGUGAAUGUGAUUGUUGAUCGAAUUAUUUCCCCAUGACAUUAUGUUUUAUUUCAAUCUGUAGUCUCAAUUCUUUUCCGUUUGUAUUUUUUUUUUUCCUAUUUACGAUUUUUGGUGUCUAAAGCAAAUAGAAAAAUUUUUAACUUGAAGCUUUUUAUACGAGCAAGUGAUGUACUAUUCAUUUAGAAGUGGGAAAUAUACUGUUAAGAGAACUGGGAGGAUGUAUUAUAAUGAAAGAGGGAACUGGGAGGAUGUAUCAUAAUGAAAGAGGGAACUGGGAGGAUGUAUCAUCAUGAAAGAGGGAACUGGGAGGAUGUAUCAUAAUGAAAGAGGGAACUGGGAGGAUGUAUCAUAAUGAAAGGGGGAACUGGGAGGAUGUAUCAUGGAAGAGGGAACUGGGAGGAUGUAUCUUAAUGAAAGGGAACAGGGAGGAUGUAUCAUAAUGAAAGAGGGAACUGGGAGAAUGUAUUGUAAUGAAAGAGGGAACAGGGAGGAUCUAUCAUAAUGAAAGAGGGAACUGGGAGGAUGUAUUGUAAUGAAAGAGGGAACUGGGAGGAUGUAUCGUAAUGAAAGAGGGAACUGGGAGGAUCUACAAUUAAGAUGGCGAGAAGUGUAUGUGGGGGGGGGGGGGGGCUGUAGUUUGAAGAAAUUAAGUAGAUGGGGAACACAUUGUCUUUAAAACCAUUUUAUUUUGUGUCUGAUUAAUUCUUAAUAUAGACAUUUAGCCUGCUUCAUUUGCACUGACCUAUAUAAAUAUCACAGGAAAACAUUUAGACUUCAUUCAAAGCUGUGCUACAAGAAUGUCGAGAUGUUUUUAUUUACAAUAUUCUUUAAUGUUAUAAAUGUCUGUAUGCGCCAUAUAUAUAUAAUAUAAAAAUGUAAUACAUGUAUAUCUUGCUACAGUCAGACUAUGCUCAUGCAUUGGCUCUUGUAGAUAUGUACAUAGUCAAGUGAUAUAAAUGUUAUUUUCUACAAAGUUCCAGAUUUAUUUUCAUGUUAUUUUUCCUCUAUGGUCAGUGUUUAGUCAUAUGUAAACUUUCAAUGUUGUUUUUUUUUUGUUUUUUUUUAGUAUUACAAAUUUGUUUGCAUUAUUUUUAUAAAUAUCAUUUCCUUUAAAUAAAGUCUAUAAAUGCUUGGGGUUUUUUCUUUGAAAUGCUAUAAAAAAAAAACGCAAGAUAAAGACAGUAUAAAUAGUAUAAAUUAUUCAAUUUAUAGGAGACUUUAGUUUUUGCCAACUUUUGAACUUUGUUCAUUAUUGAUGGUAUGUACUAUAAAUAGUAGUGUAUACUUUGUACUGCAAUGGUAUCUUAAAAUUAUGAACUGUGACUUGUACUGAAACAAAAAACAUGUUCUCACUUUUCUAGUAAAGCUAUAUUGUCCUUUAGGCAUCAUAGAACUGUAAGAAUGCUUAAUGAGUCCUACUCAUAUCAAUUCCUUAAGCUUCCUGCGUAAAGCUCUUAAAGGUACGUCUUUCUAUCUCCCUUUGCACUCAUACUUUAAUGUGACCAUUGACUGUCUCGAGUUAUUUCCCUUAAUAUUUUUAAAAAAAAAUUUUCUUUUUUGAGGCUGAAGAAUUAUUUGAGUUGUCUAUUUCUCUGUUGGUAAAAAUCAAGUUGAAAUUUUUUUCCCCCUAACUCUAAUUAAUUAUUUGUGUAUUUUUGUAGAUUUAAUAUGUUUUUUGUUUGUUUUUAAAUCCAACAUGAUGUGUACCCUUUCACUUUUGGCUCUAUUUGUUCACAGAAACAUAUUCAUUGUUGACUGCUUCAAUAGGAUUCAAACCCUAACUCUUCAUGGUACGUCUUUCUAUCUCCCUCUGCACUCAUACUUUAAUGUGACAAUUGACUGUCUCAAAUUUGAUUGUGACAAUUGACUGUUCACUUGUUUGUAAUGAGAUGAUCAAUGUCUUAAUAAACUCAUCAAAAUGA